AAAACCUUCACUAUGCUCAAACCAAAUUUCUUCCUGCAUUUUGGUCCUUCAAAUAACCUACAAAACCAGACAAAAAAUCUACAUUUUGUAAAUCAAAUCGAGGACGCAGAGGUCAUUUUUAAAGCUGCCGUGUGAAUCUGCCGCUUAUAGAUGUCACAGCGGAUGGGUUUUGGAGCCACAGACGCGGACACCUAACCCCUCUCAGCUAAAGGUGUUAAAUAUGAAUGCUCCACCGAGAACCAAACGCAGGGAUUAAAAUUUGCUCCGCUGGGAUGUUGGGGCUGCCUUAUUAUAACCCUGAAUCCUCCUCGCCAGCUGCGCGCUGCGCCGCCUGUGGCCACAGCACACGCACACCCCAUCCAUCCACCCGCUUCGUGUCGAUGGACUGCGAAUGACAUUUUCCUUUAAGAUGAUGUAAGACUGUGCUUCACGGGUGGAUUUCCCAACCCCCCUCCUCUGUGUCACCGAUUGGAACAACAUUAUCUUAAAUCUUCAGCCGGUUUAGUUGCUUCCUCACUCAGCAGUUUGGAGAGACUGGUGCGCAAAGGAGUCCCGCUUCCUGCCUCCUCCUCCUCCACCUCCUCCUCCCUGUAAGUGUGUUUCAGCAUCCCAGCAGUCAGAAGCAGAACGAUAGGAUGCGUUCACAAUUUCUUUUCUAUUUUAUCUGGAUUUAAGAGGGCUAAACUAAGAUCUAGGUUUAGUGAAACUUUUUAAAUUUUUAAUUUUCGUUGUUGGAAGUUCGCUUUUAUUCAUUUGAAGUCACUUCUACGACUAAAUCGCAGUGGUUGCCUGUAACAUCAUGCUGGUUUUGAUAAUCGGUGCUGCUCAGAGAGGACGCACUCGUCUUUACGCACGGGCUUGAAGGAUGCACCGUAGACGCACCUCUGGGACUGUUCUGUCAUGAAAACACUGGAUGCCGGGACUGCGUCUGGAAUCCGGACUCCCCUUUGGGUCUGAGCGCGUCAGCUCCAUGCAGCUGUACCCCACACCCUGAACUUCUGGGACGUUUUGGGCAAGAGAAAUGGCACUGAGCGAAAACUGCAAGACACAGCCCGCCAAAGACCAGGGCUCGGUGCAAACCCCUCCGUCGGACGUGGUUGAGCUGAACGUGGGGGGGCAGGUUUAUUAUACCCGUCACGCCACCCUGACGAGCUUCCCGAAUUCCUUACUUGGAAAGUUGUUUUCUAACAAAAAGGGGUCUUCAAAUGACUUGUCACGGGAUCUUAGAGGGCGGUAUUUUAUUGACAGGGAUGGAUUUUUGUUCCGGUAUGUGUUGGAUUACCUCAGAGACAAGCAAGUUGUCCUCCCUGACCACUUUCCAGAGAGAGGGAGGUUGAAAAGAGAGGCAGAGUAUUUUCUGCUGCCAGAACUGGCCAAACAUCUAUCAAGUGAGGAGUCCAAACUGUAUCAAGAUGACAGCGACUGGGAUGAGGAGUCGCAGGGCAGCGAUCAGAGGCUGUACCCAGCUUACUCCCAGGACAGGAGGUACGGUUACAUCACUGUUGCCUUCAGAGACAGAGAGAGCCACACCGACCCCAAGGCCAAAAAGUUGCCCAGAAUCUUCAUCAGCAGCAGGAUUGGACUGGCCAAGGAGGUGUUUGGAGAUACCCUGAAUGAGAACAGGGACCUGGACAGACCACCAGACCGUUACACCUGCAGGUUUUACCUCAAGUUCAAACAUCUGGAGAAGGCUUUUGACAUGCUGUCAGAGAGCGGCUUUCACAUUGUGGCCUGCAAUACCUCCCUCACUGCACCCUCCACGGGUCAUUACGCAGACGACAGGCCUUGGUCCAACUACACACAGUACAUCUUCUACCGUGGGCCUUCUCGGUGGUCGUCCUCUCACUGUGACUGCUGCUGCAAAAGCCACAAAAGUGAGCGAGAGGGCGAGAGCGGCACCUCCUUCAACGAACUCUCCACGUCAUGCUCCGAGACCCAGUCAGAGGCCAGUUCCCCCCAGGGAACCGUGAUCCGUGGGCCCGUGAGCCGUCAGUCCAAAAUCCAGACGCUGGACCGACCUGUGCCCAAAGGCCCAGCCCUCAUGCUGCAGCAGCAGGCAGAGAUGCGCCGCAAGACAGACAUGCUCCGCGUGAGAACCUUCGGGGUGCGGGAGCGAGAUGCUGCCAAGAGGAAAGCACAUAAAGAGAAGAUGACUCCGGAGCAGGAGCUGGAGAAAUGCAUUCAGGACUUCCGCCGCAUUAGGAUUCCUGAUCGCUUUCCAGAGAGGAAGUACAUGUGGCAAUCUGAGCUCUUAAGAAAGUACAGACUCUAAAAAUAGACUGAGAAAAGGAGAAAUAAAGACAGAGAGAUGGUGCUAUAGUGUCAUGUCACGCCAAUAAAGAGUAUUAAAAUGCAUAGUCAAUAUACUGCACACUCUAAGACACAUACUGUACCAGAAAAUAAGACUAUCCUGCCAGGAUGGAUUGCAAAGCACACAAAAUACAAAGCCAUGUGAGUUAUUUAUCUGUAACCUUUGCACAGUGUUGUGUAUAAUAUGCACAUGUGUAAAUCAGACUCAGACUUAAAUGAAACUUCCUGCUCUCUCUGUAGAGAGGAGAAAGAAAGGUAUGCUCCAGGUCAUAACGUUACUGACAACAAAGCGACCUCAGGGGAAACAUCGUUUCAGUUCACCAAUCUACCACAUUCUGCAUGUGCAGUCACGCACAAUGGCUGCUUUUUAAAGUGGAUAUACCCAGAUGGUGCUGUGAGCUAGCACCCGAAUAUCACUAUACUUCACUAUACCUACACGCAAACACACACACAUACAUUAAGUAUGCUUUGGUAAGAGCACUGCAUGUCAUCUCAACCCUAGUGCAAUUAUGCAAUAUCAAACAAAAUCUCAAUUCACUGUUUUUGUCUGAUGGGUAAAUAGUGUGUCGGCGGGUGAGACUGAUGUACUGAGGGAAACACUGCCUUGAUCUGUUUGUACUACAUUUUGUCUGAUGUUGUCAUUGUGUGUUGGUGAGAAGAUUUCGUGUGUGUAGAGCAAAUGGCAAAUGGACAUUGAUGGGUUUGCUGAUUGUAAAUGUGUUAAAAGACUAAAUAAAUGGGUUACAAUUCUA